ACCACAGAGACCCCGACCCCAAUCCUCACCACCUCAGAGACCACCACUCCCACUCCUACCGUCACAGAGAGCACAACCACCACCAUUACUACCACCACUGUGACCCCAACUGCAACGACCAGCACUCUCACUACAAGCGUGGACACCCUGACCCCUACAGGCACAGUACCCACUGCUGAGACCACCACGCCAAAACUGCCUGAGUCCUCCUCCCCUCCAACAUCUCCGUCCACCUCCCCCUCUUCCACGGAAUCAACCAGGCCUCUGACUGUCACCCCAACGAUCGUGGAGACAUCCAGCACACCAUGGCCCCCAACAACGGUCACUACAACGGGAAGCCCUGGCACCACCACUCCAGGCAUACAGACGUCAGGUCCCACCUCCUCGGAGACCACCCUCACCAGCGGGACCACCACCGGGCCCCCCUCGCCCACCCCGGGAACCCCCUUCACACCCACUCCUGUGACUGUCUCAACAACCACCACGGGAACGCCCACCCCGACCUCAACCACGCCACAGACCACCAGCACCUCGACCACCAGCAUGUCCACCCCGACCCCGAGCACCAUCACCACCUCCUGCUUGACCACCAAUUCCUGCUUCCCCUGCUGUUCUCUGAAUGGUACAUUCUACGCCCCAGGCGAGGUGGUGUACAACAGCACGCACGGGGACACCUGCUACUUCGUGAACUGCUCGCUGGACUGCUCCUGGCAAUUCUUCAACUGGUCCUGCCCGUCCACCCCCUCCCCAACGCCCAGCACACCCACGCCAACGCCCACGCUGUCCACAACAUCAAGCACGCCAACCACCACCAAGCUCCUUGGGUGCCCUGACUUUGAUCCUCCCA